AUGAACUUCUUCUCCAAAUCUCCAAAAAAAUCUAAAAAAUCACCACCCAGCGACGACGAGGCACCACAAUCGCCUUCCACCAAGGAGAACACCACCACACAUCCGCACCGCUCUCGGUCGCCGCUGAAGAAAACUUCGUCAUCCUCGCGAUCAGGGAAGGACAGAGGAGACGGUGACACCCAGGGCCAGAGUCAGAGAAAGGCAGAACCGGGGUCCCCAAGAAACAGUCGAAGUUUCCCGUCAAAGUCCAAUUCUCCACGCCACCCAUUCGAUCCCAGCACAACACAUCCUCUGAACCUGCCUGUAGACCAGUUGCGCAGGUUCUCUGCCCUCAGCGCCAUGUCAGACCCGGACCGCAUGGAUAUCGACAGCGAGCCACAGGCCGCUCCAGUGUCACCCCCACCUCAACCCAAGACGCAAACCGACUCUCCAAAAGCGAAUGGCGCAAAUGGAGCUGGCGUAGGUGCAGGCAAUGGAGAAGGGCCAACUCCUCCACCUCACAAAUCGAACCCAACAAGUCCCGCUCCGGUUGCGGCUCCCACGCCAGAAGAAGCAGAGGCAUUUAAAGCUGCAGGUAACAAGUUCUACAAGGCAAAGGAUUACAAGAAGGCGAUUGAGGAGUAUACAAAAGCUGUUGAAGCACAACCUUCGGAGCCAACAUAUCUCAACAACCGUGCGGCGGCUUAUAUGGCAAACGGACAGUACGUUUUGGCCCUCGAAGAUUGCAAUCGCGCAGACGAACUCGAUCCUCAAAACCCAAAAGUACUCCUUCGAUUAGCUCGUAUAUACACAAGUUUAGGCAGACCACAAGAUGCUAUCAAUACAUUUGAUCGCAUUCAGCCAGCACCUUCGACAAAAGAUAUUGCGCCAGCAAAAGCUAUGCUGCAGCACAUCAAUGUUGCAGAGGACGCCUUGAAGAAUGGUACUACCGGGUCUAUGGCAUUACACGCUCUUGAUCAGGCCGAAAAAUUACUGGGCUACAGUGCUCCAAAGCCUCGCAAGUGGCAAUUAAUGAGGGGAGAAGCAUACCUGAAGAUGGGAAAUGUCAAUGCGCUUGGUGAUGCACAAAAUGUUGCCAUGUCAUUAUUACGAAACAACAAUGCAGACCCAGAAGCGUUGGUACUGAGAGGUAGAGCACUCUAUGCUCAAGGUGAUAACGACAAAGCCCUGCAGCAUUUCCGGCAAGCUAUCAACUGUGAUCCAGAUUACCGAGAGGCUGUUAAAUAUUUGAAGAUGGUCCAAAAAUUAGACAAGAUGAAGGCCCAAGGAAAUACUGAGUAUAAGGCCGGUCGAUGGCAGGCGGCUAUUGACCAGUACACCGAGGCUCUUGAGGUCGAUCCGCUGAACAAGGGGACAAACUCAAAACUGCUUCAAAACCGAGCUCUGUGCAGAGUCCAACUGAAGGAUUAUCAAGGUGCAAUUUCUGAUUGUGAGCGUGCACUUCAGCUUGAGCCAUCAUACACCAAAGCCAAGAAGACGAAAGCCAAUGCUUUAGGUCUCAAUGGUGAUUGGGAAGCUGCAGUUCGCGAUUUGAAGGAGAUCCAGGAGGCAGACCCACAAGAUGCCGGAAUUGCCAAGGAGGUGCGAAAAGCCGAAUUGGAGUUGAAGAAGAGCAAGAGAAAGGAUUACUACAAGAUUCUUGGUGUGGAAAAAGACGCGGAUGAGAAUCAGAUCAAGAAGGCGUACCGAAAGGCAGCGAUCAUUCAUCAUCCCGAUAAGAACCCAGAUGAUCCAAAGGCUGCAGAGAGGUUUCAAGAUAUUGGUGAGGCUUAUGAGACGCUGAGUGAUUCUGAGAAACGUGCUCGUUAUGAUAAUGGUGACGAUUUAAUGGAUCCUAUGGAAGGAUUUGGAGGUAUGCACGGUGGAGGUGGCAUGAACAUCGACCCCGAAAUCCUCAUGCAAAUGUUCGGUUCUCAAAUGGGCGGAGGAGGUCGCGGCGGUGGCGGCGGUUUCCACAGUUUCGGUGGUGGUGGCAUGCCUGGUGGAGGUCGAAGAGGCGCUCCUCAAGGCUUCCCCGGCGGAUUCUCCUUUCAAUGA